AUGGCGUCACAUUUAAGAUACCUGGCACGGCCUCAAUUGGCGUGUCUUCAAGCCACCUCAAUUGGUCUCCGAUCCUCCAUUCCGAUCUUCCCACUAUUGCGAUGCUUUUCAACGACAUCCCCAGCCCUUGACUGGCUUACGCCCAAGUUUAUGGAGAAGUCAAAGUCGCCCAAGGGUCGUCCACACGUCGCAACCGGAGGUUCAUCGCGAGGUACAACAGUUGUGUGGGGUGAUUAUGGCUUGCGGAUGAAAGACCACGACCGUCGACUACCAGCCUCUUCGCUCAAAAUCGCAGAGGAGACCAUCAAACGACGGCUAAGAGGAAUGAACUACACAUUAUACAAGCGUGUGAGCGCCAACAUUGGUGUGUACACCAAGGGUAAUGAGCAGCGUAUGGGUAAAGGAAAGGGUAAAUUCGACUACUGGACGGCAAAGGUUGCUGUUAGCAGGGUUGUUUUUGAGCUCAAGGGAGAUAUCCACGAAAAGAUUGCAAGGGAGGCUUUCCGUCUGGCAGGUCACAAGUUGCCCGGUCUAUGGGAAUUUGUGCACAAGGGCGACCCGCCAGUUGUUGGCAUUACAAAGCUCGGAAAUGGUGUGACUUUGGAGUCCCUUAAGCGGGCACGCAGAAACCCGCCCCUCGGCACAAACGCGAUGCCUAACCCUCCCAAGACCACAUCCUCGAGCCCCGACGCCUCGCAAUAA